UAAAUAAAUAAAGAAAGAGAUUGUUACCGUUACAGUCUUCCACGCUCUCUCCGCUGUACUGCUACGCGACGACCGUCCUUAUCUUCUUCUUCUUCUUCUUCUUCUUUAAACGCACAGCCGUAGACGAGUGUGUGUGAGAGCGAGCUGUUCUGUUCGUCCAUGGCUGCUGCGAUCACUCUGCCUUCUUCAUUCUCCUUCUUCGUCUUCUUCUUCGCUCUCUCUCUUCUCCCACUCUUCUUCUACCAUGCAGACUCGCAAUCGUUCGUUGGGGUCAACUAUGGCCAGGUCGCCGACAACCUUCCGCCGCCGGACGCGACGGUGAAGCUUCUCCAAUCGACGUCGAUCGGCAAGGUCAGACUCUAUGGCGCCGAUCCGGCGAUCAUCAAGGCUCUCGCCAACACCGGCAUCGGAAUCGUGAUCGGUGCCUCCAACGGCGACAUUCCAGGAUUUGCCAACGAUCCGAACUUUGCGACUCAGUGGAUCAAGGCAAACGUGCUCCCCUACUACCCCACCAGCAAAAUAACACUCAUCACCGUCGGGAACGAGGUCCUGCUCUCCGGCGACCAAAACCUCAUCUCUCAGCUCCUUCCGGCCAUGCGAAAUCUUCAAAACGCUCUCAGUGCGGCUUCCCUGGGCGGCAAGGUCAAGAUCUCCACGGUUCAUUCCAUGGCCGUGUUGAGUCAAUCCGACCCGCCAUCUUCAGGUAUGUUCAAUCCUGCGUUAGGUGAUGUGAUGAGAGGAUUGUUGGAGUUUCAGAAGCAGAAUGGAUCUCCAUUGACGAUAAACCCGUACCCGUUCUUCGCAUACCAGAGCGACCCGACGCCCGAUACGCUGGCGUUUUGCCUGUUUCAACCCAACAAGGGACGAGUCGACUCGCGAACCAACAUAAAAUACACGAACAUGUUCGAUGCCCAGGUUGAUGCUGUGCAUUCUGCCCUGAGUGCAAUGGGGUAUAAGGAUGUUGAGAUUGUAGUGGCUGAAACAGGGUGGCCAUACCAUGGGGAUCCCAAUGAGGUGGGGCCUAGCGUCGAGAACGCUAAGGCCUACAAUGGCAAUUUGAUUACUCAUCUUAGAUCACUGGUUGGGACGCCGUUGAUGCCUGGAAAAUCUGUCGACACGUACAUAUUUGCACUCUAUGAUGAGAAUUUGAAGUCAGGGCCAGGGUCUGAGCGCGCAUUUGGGCUGUUCAAGCCUGAUCUCUCCAUGACAUAUGAUGCUGGACUUAUAAAGAGCAGCCAGACUCCCACUAAUCCAACUCCAGUGAAUCCAUCUCCUAAUCCAACUCCAGUGAAUCCCGCUCCAAAACCAGCUACGAUGGGUUGGUGUGUGCCCAAGGCUGGCACUUCUGAUGCCCAAUUACAGGCUAAUCUUGACUAUGCUUGCGGCCAAGGCAUCAAUUGCAGCCCAAUCCAACCAGGCGGCGCCUGUUUUGAACCAAACACUGUAGCAUCACACGCUGCCUAUGCCAUGAAUCUCUUCUAUCAAACUUCUGGCAAGAAUUCUUGGAAUUGUGAUUUCUCUCAAUCGGCUGCCCUCACAUCCACUAAUCCCAGUAAGUUCUUUUGUAUGCCACCAAUGUCUCUUCAGUUUUAUUUUUCUAAAAAGAUGAAUUAUCUAAUAAGAAGAAAAAGAAAACUAUAGAAAGGCUGCCCCAAAUUAUGUUUAAAUUUACCCACAUGGAUGCAUAUCUUCAAGCUAAAUACACUUCUGGUCACUGAAUAUUUUUUUUUUUAAAUUAUCUUGAUUUAUUAUUAUUCUUUUUUCUAAUAUGAACACCAUUUAUUGUAAAAAUCAUUGCUAAAUUCAUUGUAAUUUCAAAGCUGCACUAGCUUUCUAAUUCCAAAAAUUACAUUAUGUUUACACUGAAUUGCAGUAAUUAUACACAUUGGAAUAAAAAAUUUACAGUAAUCAGGAUAAACAAUUUAGAAAAGUUCACUGAUCAAACAAUGUAUUGAACUUUAAGUACUUUCAAUGAUAACAAUGAGAGAGAAAGAGAAAUGCUCUUUUAUGGCCUCUGGGGUCUUUAUAGCACAAUGAUUGUAAAAGCAGAAAAGCAUAGAAGCUUUUUGAAGUUGGUUCAUUAUUGCUUCCUUUUGGAUAAUUUCUAUAUUGUUUGGCAACUUGUUCUGCUUGUUUAUUGUCCUUUUUUUCUGUGACUUACAGGUUAUAAUGCUUGCAUUUACCCUGGCGGGAGCACCUAAAAAAGGAGAUGCACCUUGAUUUUGAUCAGUAUUUUGAACGAUUAAGAAGACAAAAUAAAGGAGGGUGUGGUGAUAUAUAGUGCACUACCCUCUCUCUCUCUCUCUCUCCCUCCCCCCUCUCUCUCUCUCUCUCAUCUCUUUUUUGGCUUUUCUUUUUUUUGGCUGAUGAUGGUUUUGAAUGGGAAGAAGAGAAGAUUGAAAAUGGUGGUGGCUGAAAUUAGGGUUUACUUAUGUGUCUUAUGUUCCAACUUCUCAAUUGUGUAAAUGUGAUGCUAGGACAGAUCUUUGCUUGUCAUAGUGUAAUGGGUCUAUUGCAAGUUGCAAUUGAUUCGACAUCAAUAAAAUAAGUAUAUAUUCUCUUUUUUUU